ACUCACAUUCUAAACGGUUAAACACUCUUAAAAUACGUGGAUCCAACAUUCAUGCUCCUUAUGAAAUUCAGAGGGGGGACGCACAUCUAUAACAUGAGCGGGGGAAUCAUAGAAAUCCAUAUUUAUAUAUAGGAGAGCAAUUCUGUUGUAGAUGGCUCCCGCCCAACUCAAUUGCCUGCUGAAAUGGAGAGGGCGGACGCUGAACCACAAUGGAAGCUCAAUCUGCGCCGUCAAAUCGCAGAGGUAGAAGCACUAAGGUCGAUAUAUGGACAAGAUGGAGAGUUUGAGUUCAAUAUGGGAUUGGAGGAAAGUCUCAAUAAUCUGAUCUUGAGAGAUGUGGAUGCUGUUCAAGAGGAAUAUCAUGUAUCUUUUACUAUCCACUUGCUUUCAGUCAAGGUGGCGGGAAGGCAUGUUAGUGCAAGGUUUUACAUGCCUCGUGGCUAUCCAGAAGAUGAGCCUCUGCAUGUAAGUGUCAUUUGUAGUGGGCAAAUAUCAAGAUUAGAUCAUGAUGCAAUAAAUAUGGUUGCUAGAGAAGAAGCUUGUAAGCUUGUGGGGCAUGAGGGUGGCUUUCAAAUUCUUCAAGUAAUUCAGGAAAAAGCUGAGGAUUUAAAUAAUCGAAUGAGACACAAUACCCACAAUCAAGAGAAGCAACGAAGAGAAGAGAUUGACAUGUCAAUAUGCAUCAAAAGAGUACUAAUUUGGUUUCAUCAUAUUAAAUCACCGCAGAAGAGGAAGUCUAUAUUAGAGUGGAGCAAGAGCCAUGAUAUAGGGGGUUACUUAAAAUCCGGUUACCCUGGCAUUCUUGUGAUAGAGGGAGAAAAAUCGUGGAUUGAUGCUUAUGUUAAACAAGUACAGUGCUUGCGUUGGCAGGCAAUGAGCGUUAGAGCAGAGGAAGAGAAAGAAGUUCCAAGUUCAUCAACUCUUGAAAGUUCAAGGAGAUUCCCAAUUGUGGUAAAGGAGUUGGAAGAUCAUGGUGGCAUGUCUGAACUUGGACGCUACUGCAAGGAGGCUAACUUGGAAGGAUUGUUCUUGAGUGCUUUGAAGAUAACCAGGUGAAAUUGGGACAUCACAUAUAAGAACAUGAACAAAUUAUACAUUUUGUUGUAACUUCUGGUGAGUGAAGUGUAUAUAGUCUCCACUCAAUGUAUGUGCACUUAUGGAAUUAUUACGACCUUUUAAACUCUCUAGGCUCGGCAAAUUCCUCGUUUUCUUUUUGGAACAACUAUUUGCUACUA